GGCCGUUUUCCGUUUCUUUGAACCUCGCAUUUAUUUCACAUUUACCAUAAUUAUGGUAAUAGCCAUCGGAAAUCAGAUCCAUAUGUAUUUUUGCCCGUUUCCAUGCAUUCGUUUCCAUAUAUAUUCCCAUAUUACGUCCAUAUUAUGUCCAUAUAUGUCCAUAUAUAUAAUUCCCCAUAAAACACCCCCAUCCACAUUUCCUCACACCGAACUUCAUCUUGAACUUCUUGCAUUGCCAUGAAUUCUCAGUAUAUAGAGCUCUGAUGAUCCCGCUCGUUUGAUUUCUUUUUAAUUUGAUUCAUGUAAGUUUGCUUCCGAGAGACUGUCUUUCGAUCGCUCAAUCGCUCAAUCGUUCAAUCGUUCAAUCGUUCAAUCGUUCAAUCGUUCAAUCGUUCAAGUAUAUAAAGCAUUGAUUCAAAGGACUCGCUCGCUGCUCACCACUUUCACUCACUUUGUUUCGAGUUUCUCGCGUUACAAUACGAUACGAUACGAGUACACACCACAGACACAGGAAGAAGAAGAAGAAGAAGAAGAAGAAGAAGAAGAAGAAGAACAACAUCUAUAGUGAAGUAAAGGUUCCUUCUCGAAUUCACUCGUUUCUGGAAAGAAAUCUCAUCCUCCCCCGACUUGGCAAGACUCAAUUAAGAACCACAAUACAACAUAAUCGAGUCUUUUCAGCAAGCCAAAGAAAGCACAUUCAUUCAUUCAUCCGUCCAUCCAUUCAUUCAAACUUGCAUUACAUUACAUUUACAUUGCAUUGCAUGAAGAAGGGAAACGGAAGGGAAAGGAAGAGGAUUUUUCUAUAAUCGAAACCCUCCUGGGCAUCAUCCCCAUUCACACCAAAAGACCACAAAGGUGUUAUUGGAAAUCGAAUAUUGGAAUCACCUCAUCAUAAGGACUUAUAUCUACAUAAAGCCUUGAUGCGACUUCCUACAUUGCAUUCUAUUCCCUUGGUAUCCAUCAACUCACUCUACACAUUCCACAAACCUACAUUUUCCAAUACAUGCCAACAACUUCCUUGGAUCGCUCACUCUCACUUCAAAACUGCAUAACCAACCUCCCGUUCGUUUACCAUACAAAUACCACACAUCAAUCACUUCUAUAAUUCUUCAAUUAUGAAUCCGACAAUGUCACCACCACUUUCAAUGUCUUCGCGCAAGAGAUCUUCCUCAAUAUCAUCAUUCGAUUCUGUUGAUUCGGAUUUCUUCGAACAAACUUAUGUACCGCUCUCAAACCUACCAACUCCACCUCUAUCCUCUCACUCCUAUGAUACCACGGCAGCCCAAUCACCAAUAUCUCUUUUCAGCUCUGAUGAAAUCCUCGAUCCAGACUAUUUAGGUCCUGCAAUUCAUCUCACAAACUUAAUCCCCUCCUCCACCUCCCUAACCGAUCCCUCCACUCAACUAGUCCACGCCCUAUUAAGCCGCGCCGAUCUACCAAUCGAAAUCCUCGCCCUCGCAGUCUGCAUCCUCGAUUCCCUCAAUUCUAGAUUUGCUCGCUCGUGGCGAAUUUCAUACCCUCUCGAAUCAUCCGAAGAUCAAUUACUCGAACAAUACGAUUUCCCAAGUCCACCAUGUGUAGAAGAACAACACAUCGAUUCUACCCAUCCCGAAGUCAUCGUUCUCGCAGCGCUAAUAUUGGCGAUGAAAUUUAUAGAUGAUCAGCAAGGAACCACUCUUUACUAUGCGCAGGAAUGGGCAAAAGGAUUGUGGAGUUGUGAUCAGAUUAAUUUCACGCAAAGAGCUAUCAUGGAAAAUUUGGGUUAUAGAUUACUACCACUUUGGGAAGAGGAGAUUAUUGAAGAAGCGAAGAUGAGUAUGGCGAGAGCGGCAAAGAGGCAAUCGUCACAAUCUUAUUGUAUGCAGGACUGGACACAAUCGAUGAAGAAUUGUGGAAUGGCUAGGCCGAUGAGUAGUGGGAAAGCUUGCAAGGGAAUUGAGGGAGAAAAUACACCCCAGCCUACACCAGUUGAAACACCAUCUUGUGAGGAUAUGAUCAUGGGGAUUGGAAGUGAACGACCGCUGGGAGGUACGUCGAUGUUAAGUCGAGAGACGAAAAUAGCAUUUGGGGGAAUAUUGCGUGGAGAAUAUCAAGACGUGGAUAUGGACAUGGAUUUGGAGAGAUUUCCCACACGUGAGGAUUCUUUAAUGGUUCAUGAUGAAAAUAUGAGUUUUGUUUGAGGAGGCAUACAGCAUUGAGACGAGAAGUUGGAUUGUGUCAUGAUAUUAUGACGUUAUGAUCGCAUCUUUUACAACAUCCUUCGACCCAAAUCUGGGAACCACGAGGGUAUUUCUGGAAUUUUCCUCUAUAGUAAUGAGUUACAUGAUAGUAAUUCCUCUUCUGGACAAACCAGAAACGAGAACAAGGAGUCAUGUUUAUGGGAAUGGAAAGCAAAGGAGUGGAAAGGGAUUUUGGAUCGAAUUGUUCUUGGUUGGAAAUUGAUGGGCAUGAAAAAUGGAAUGGCGCUUUAUACCUCGAGAGAAGAGAUUUUGGAACAAAGGUUCGAAUCUGGUGUUUCUUGCUUUGCUUGCUUGUGGUUGUGGUGGGGGUGGAUGAGGUUCAGUGAGUAGGAUUACAUAGAUUGUACCUACAUACCUGUCUGUCUGGCUUGACCAACGUAGUAAUAAUGCCUAGUAAUAAUAUACUUUACCUACCUAAUUAUA